UCGAAAAUGGCAACUCGCUGUUCUCUCCAUGUGCUUCGCCGAACUUGCCACCUUUACAAUUCUUUCUCGUCGUCACCAUGGAUGUUUACUUCCUAUCUCACUCCUGUCAAUAUAAAGCCAAAUUGCAGACAUUUAUUCAGUCAGGAGAUCUUGGGUUUGGAUAAUUACCAGCGCCAACGGAUUUUAAUUACAGAUCGACUUGGAGAUUUAAGACCAAAAUUUAUUGAAAGAAUGAAGUCUUUAGCCAACAACGAUAGCAUUGACAGAAUCUUCACUGAUGAUCUAAAGACCAUGGUUUACAUUGCUUCACACAAUGAAGAAAUUGAGCUUAUUCAAAAUAUGCUUAUAAAGUAUCACCAACAAGACAAUUCACAGCAGUUCAAUACAUAUUCUUUUGGCCCUGUUGUUCUUAGGUUGUUGUAUAUAAUGAAAGAUGUAGAUAUGGCCUUAAAGCUCUUUGAAAGUGAGGAAACCAAGCCUUUGUUUUCACAAGUGACAAGUUACAUCAUUCUCAUGGAUAUGUUGUAUGAGAGUAAACAAUAUGAUGAAACACUGAAGGUAUUUCAGAUAGUGACUGAAAGGGAAACUAAUAUAAAAUAUCCAAAUGACUGCACUACAAUUGCAUUUGCCACAUAUUAUGCUUUGAAUACUGCAGAAGCUUUACAGAACUGUCAGAAAUUAUUAAGAGACUGUUUAAAUUUAAAACUUCAAGUUUCCAAUCGUGCCCUUGUUUUUGCUGUUAUGUUAGCAUUGAAGCAGGAACAACCCGCCAUUGCAUUGGAGAUGAUAUCAUUAAGAGAUGAUUCUUUUCAGUUUGUUCUGAAAAACCUCAAGGCUUUAUGUUAUGCUAAACUUAACCGAAUUGAAGAUACUCUUCCAAUACUGCGAAGCAUUCUUCAGUGUGAUUCUCCUUACAGAAACCGUCAGCUGAAAGUGUUUCCUGAAGUGUUAAAUGUAAUACAUUCUGCAGCUGAAAAUCAUGGUGAUCCAGUUUUUAAACAAACUCUGGAAACUAUUGAACUUUCCUUCAAGGCUGGCGGUCUUAUCAGUGAUGUACUUCUGGAAGAUUUCAUUACUCAAAGAAUAGUUAGAACACGACAACCACAGAACAGUUUUAAAGCUCGAGGACGUUCCACAGUUGAUGGUUAUCGAAGUCGCCAAAGCAAAACAGUUCGAUCAAGAUCCAAUGUUAUUUAGUCUCUUUAGGAAUGUUUAUUUUUGUGUUUAAUAAAUUCUACUCCAAUUCUGAAUAGAAAUAUGUAGGAUUUUCUUUCUUAUGAUAGCAUGCUAUUAAUUUCAUUCAUUAAAUAAUACAUUUUUUUCAUGA